ACGGAAGAAAAUAUUUCAAAGAAAACAGAAAUCCGGAUCUGGAGUAUCUUUCCCAGUUUUUAUUCAAGAAUUCCGAUAUCAGUACAAACAGAAGAAAGCUGGCUUCGAGAAUUGUCUAGCAAAAAGCAGCAGAGGAAGAAACUGCCCUCUGUGAUGAGGGAGCCUGAACCUGAAAACCCACCUGCUCAGAUAAGAGGAAAAUGGGUAAUUAAUCCAGAAGAGCCAAAUCUAAAUAUUUUAUGUGAGCUGGAGUUUGAGCAAGACUUUAUAAGACUGUUCGAGCCUUCUCUGAGAACACUACCCAGCAUCGGGCCUCCGUCCAUUCUGGCAUUCAAACGGGAGACUUCCAAUUUAGACAUUAAGUUCAAGGAAGAAGACGAAGAGCUGUCGCCCAAGUGUGAAUUCUGUGGGAGCGAUCUAAGAACCUUUCUUUCCAAUGUGGACGUCUCCGCCGACUACAGUGGCUCUGAGUGGACAGAACAUGCCUCCUGUUGCGAUUACUUCCAAAACCUGCUGGACUACAUCUAUGAGGAAAAACAAAACAUCCCAAGCUCUGAAGCCGAGUUGAUCUGCAUCAACCCUCAUGCAGCCCAUGGCAGUGAGACGGACAGACUCAAAGCAAAGGAGAAAGCCCUGCGGAGAAAACAGGAGCGACAAAUGGCCAAACAUCUUUCAAUAAUAGCAACUCAACAGCCGAAUGUCCCUGAAGACGAUCCAAAGCACUUAAAAACAAUUUCUUAUCAACUUUCCGCGGAUAUUCCAGAAAAAAAGCCAAGUGAUGACAGACUAUUUGAUUUCCAACUAGACCAAAAAGACGUAUCCAUUGUUUGUUGUGAUUCCAGGAUAGCGUGUGGAAAGAUCGUGAGGAAUGAGCUUUUAGAGAAGAAUUACAAACAUGGGAGCAAGUUUCUGACUUCGUUUCCAGAUGGGACAACGCAGAUAUUCUAUCCAUCUGGAAACCUGGCCAUCAUUCGAGUGCCCAACAAGACAAAUGGUUUCACUUGUAUAGUCCAAGAAGACAUGCCCACUAACCCCGCGAUCCUGGCAGUGCUGGAUUCUUCUGGCAGAAGUUCCUGCUAUCAUCCCAAUGGAAAUGUCUGGGUGUACAUCAAUAUCUUGGGAGGUCAAUAUUCGGAUCAAGCUGGCAACAGAGUGAGGGCUUGGAACUGGUCCAGUGCUGUCGCUUCCUCCCACUUCGUCUCAUUUAAACCCGUCUUUCUGGCUCUGAACCACUAUGUCGGCGUUCGCAUCUUAGAACAAGACAAGGUUUCCAUCACUUUUCUAGCGAUGGGCCAACAGGCAAGAAUCAGCGUCGGCACCAAAGUGAAGCUCCAGAACCCGGAGGAGAUCCCGGUGCUCCGGUACCUGAACCAGGACGACCUGCUCCUGCUGGCCAGUCUCAUCAAGAUCCGGCGCCUGUUCCAUAAGCUGGAGGGCUGCGCGCUCUUCCCCUCCAGCCAGGCGUGGGACAGGCUGCAGCAGCCUGCCUACCUCUCUUGCCUUGCUGUGAGACUCCUCGCCCUCUGCCACAACUCCGGCAUGAGGCAGGACACCAUAACCACCAUAGCAGCUAUAAUAAACGAGAAGAUUUAG